UGUGUCGGGGUAGGAGGGGAUUGAGGCUGCAGCAGGCAGUCAGCCCCCAGCAGCUCAGCUCUGUGUUGUCACCGGGGAAACAAGUGACCAACCAGGCUGAGGCAGCCCAGACCUGUUUUGCUUCCUGCCGCCUGGAAUAAAAGGGAAAGGAACAGCUCUGUUUUUCUCCUCUUUCUUCUGUUUUUUUCCCACUGUGGAUAGCCUUUCAUCAUCAACUGCCACAGACAGACAGACAUACAGAGGCUCACAACAAGCUUGCAAUGUGAAGGGCACAGGGAGGGAGGCAAGGAGUGUGUGUGGAUAAUGGCUCACUAUAAGGAUGUAGCCGUCAAAAAGACCUCUUCUCUCAACCUGGUGACAGGAUUCUUUCAGUAUCUCCGCGAUGAACAAGAGGCCGUACAGAAGAGGACCUUUACAAAAUGGAUAAACUCCCACUUGGCAAAGCGUAAACCACCUCUAGAGAUCACAGACCUCUUCGAGGACAUCAAAGAUGGGGUGAAACUUCUGGCUCUGUUGGAGGUGCUGUCUGGACAGAGACUACCAUGUGAGCAGGGCCGCCAGCUGAAGAGAAUCCACUGGGUGUCCAACAUCGGCACCGCCCUCAGGUUCCUCGAAGGCAGGAAGAUCAAGCUAGUCAACAUUCAUGCCACUGACAUCGCAGACGGUCGACCAUCCAUUGUCCUGGGGUUGAUAUGGACCGUCAUUCUCUACUUCCAGAUCGAGGAGUUGACCAGUAACCUACCAGCCCUGGUAGCCCUGUCCAGCAGUACCUCCUCAAUGGACAGCAUGGCCAGUAACUCAGAGACGGGCAGUCCCCCUAUGAAGAGGAAGGUAGUACCCAAGAAGUUCCAGGGCAACGCCAAGAGGGCCCUGCUCAGAUGGGUGCAGUGCACCGCCGCCAAGCGUCAGGGCAUGGAAGUGAAGGACUUUGGUGCUAGUUGGCGGAGCGGGGUGGCGUUCCACUCUGUGGUCCAUGCCAUCCGCCCAGACCUGGUGGACAUGGAGGUGGUGAGGAGGAGGAGCAACAAAGAGAAUCUGGAGGAAGCCUUCUCAUUGGCCGAGAACGAGCUGGGCAUCCCACGCCUGCUGGAUCCAGAAGAUGUGGAUGUAGAUAAACCGGAUGAGAAGUCCAUCAUGACAUAUGUUGCUCAGUUCCUCAAGCACUACCCCAACCCCCACCACUCCGAGACAGAUGGACAGGAAGAUGAGAGAGAAGAGCGUAAGGUUCUGAGAGAACUGAAGGUGUGGCUGGAUCAACUGGAGAUGGACGUGCUGCGAGUCCAGGGGGCAGAGGGCAACCUGACAGACAAGUACCAGGGCUUCAAGAGUUUCCGUGUGCAGUAUGAGAUAAAGAAGAAACAGACAGAGCCUCUGCUGCAGCCGGUGCACAGGGAUGGGAAGCUGUCUGUAGACCAGGCCCUGGUCAAACAAGCGUGGGAACGUGUCUCUAUCAGGCUCCUGGACUGGCACAUCCAUCUGGAUAAGUCGUUGCCUGGCCCACUGGGGGUGAUCGGAGCCUGGCUGCAUCGAGCUGAGAUCGCCUUGAGGGAGGAGAUUCCCAUCCAACAAGCCCAUGAAGAGACAGCCAACGUGAUCCACAGGAAGCUGGAGCAGCACAAGGAGGUACUGAAGAACUUGGAAUCCCACCAGCAGACGUUCCAGCAGAUCCACAGAGACAGAUCUGUGAACGGGGUCCCUGUCCCCUCUGAACAGCUCCAAGACAUGGCAGAGAGGUUCAACUAUGUGUCCACAUCAUCUCAUGCCCACCUGAUCAAACUGGAAUUCUGGGAGAUGAAGUACCGUCUGAUGGCGUUUCUCAUCCUGGCUGAGUCCAAGCUCAAGUCCUGGAUCAUCAAAUAUGGCCGCCGUGACUCCGUGGAACUACUGCUGCAUAGCUACAUUUCCUUCAUUGAUGGACACAAGUUCUUUGAACAGUAUGAGACAACAUUUAAGGCACUCAGGCAAGCUGCAGAUGUCUACAUCAAGUCUGAUGGUUCAGGCAUUAAGAUCAGUAGGAAAGAUCAUUUCCUGUAA